AUGGAAGCUAUCGAGGGUCCCGACACCAAGCCGAAGAGGCUUCGUGCAGCUAAAGCGUGCGAUAUAUGUCGGACGAACCAUCGCAAGUGUCCUGGUCCUGCACCCGGUUCGGAUUCGUGCGAGCGGUGCAUCAAGCAGAACAAGCAGUGUACAUGGAACACGUACAGCAAGGACUCUCUUCGGCGGUCGGAAUCCGCAUCUCCGUCUAUCAGGCGUACACCCGUGCGAAGAGCACUGUCCACACCAUCGCAGCAGCAUACCCCGGUACCACUCACACCCAAUCGUGCCCGGAGAUCGUCCACAUCGAGUUCGUCUUCCAGCGAACUAUCGACGCCCACCAACUCACCUGCAGUGCCCUCGUACAAGCAACCGUUGGAGACAACAGCAUUUGGCCCACUGACAGAAAAGCCUUCGCCCGAGGAGGUUCCGAGCUACUAUGCCGAUGCUUUGGCGCUAGCCAACCGCCACGAGCUGCUGAUCUUUGCCAUGCCGCUGCGCGAGUGGGAUCCGUCGGUGCGGGCCCAGAGUCGCCUGCACUGCGUGACGCCGAGCUGGGUCGACCCGCAACCGACACGGCAGGAAUCGCUCGACGUGCUACGUGCGUUGCUCGACGACGUCGAACCAGCCUCCGAAGAGCGCACGCCAUCUCAAACCUCCUCCCCGGAGCAAGCAAAGAUUCAGCACACAGAGGACGUACCGAUGCCGCUCGACCCGGUCCCAUUCGGUGAAGGCAUGGCCGCUUGUUUUGCGGAUGCCUCGGUGGGGGCCGAAUUCCAGCCGGGGUUCUACAUGAACGCGCCGACGGGGAACAAGUCGCCGUACCGACAAAACUGCACCCACGAUCCCUUCCUCUUUCCUCCUGCGCAACCGGCAGACAAGCACACUGGUGUCGAGACCAAGUGGAGUGCGUCAUGGGACGACGCCAUGCCCCAAGUUCUGCGCGACGCAUCACAAAUGGACACACUGGACGCGUACCUCAUGCACCCCUGA